AAUUUUUUUUCGCGAUCGUAGUUGAUCUAAAAACCCAAAUAUAUAAUAAAAAAAAAAUUUAAAAACCUUGCGGCAAACAAAACUUGACGGGACUUGUGCAAAGCGCAGUCAAAGGCACUUAAACUAUACUUAAAGAAAAAAUUAAAUUAAUAAAAAAAAAAACAAGCAGUGAGAUUAAUUACUAAGCACAAGCAACAACAAGUACCAACAACAACUACAACAACUUAACGAGUGUAGUAGCCAAAGAUUUAACAGCCCCACUGUUAAGCAGUUAACAGUGCCUACAACAGCAACAGCGUCUUAACUGUUAACGCGUAACUGAGACUUUUGUAAUCAUGACCAACGCCAUGGAUAUUGUCAAGAACGGCAGCGCCAAUGGCUCCGUUGAUGGCAGCAAUGAUGAGUCACGUACCAAUUUGAUAGUCAACUAUCUGCCACAAACCAUGACGCAAGAGGAGAUGCGUUCGCUCUUCUCUAGCAUUGGUGAGUUGGAGAGUUGCAAACUGGUGCGUGAUAAAGUCUCAGGUAAUUUGGUCUUGCCAGCAUCAUUGACCGCACUUAAUCCAGCUUUGCAACAAGGUCAGAGCUUGGGCUAUGGCUUUGUCAACUAUGUGCGUGCUGAGGAUGCUGAGAAGGCUGUGAACACCCUGAACGGUUUGCGUUUGCAAAAUAAGGUUAUUAAAGUAUCAUACGCCCGUCCAAGUUCAGAAUCGAUAAAGGGUGCUAAUUUAUAUGUAUCGGGUCUUCCGAAAAAUCUAUCACAACCAGACUUGGAGGGGAUGUUUGCAUCAUUUGGCAAAAUAAUUACAUCUCGUAUACUCUGUGAUAAUAUUUCUGGUCUAUCGAAGGGUGUCGGUUUUAUACGUUUCGAUCAACGCAACGAAGCUGAGCGUGCCAUACAGGAGCUGAAUGGCAAAACCCCUAAAGGCUAUGCCGAACCGAUAACCGUUAAAUUCGCCAAUAAUCCAAGCAAUAGCGCUAAGGCACAAAUAGCUCCACCCUUGACUGCAUAUUUGACUCCACAGGCGGCAGCAGCUACUCGCCGCUUAGCUGGCGCUUUGCCAUCGGCCGGACGUAUUAGCAUUGGAAAAAGUCCCUUGUUUACGAUUAACAAGGGUUUGCAAAGAUACUCACCGCUGGCUGGAGAUCUGUUGGCAAACUCCAUAUUGCCGGGCAAUGCAAUGACUGGCUCCGGCUGGUGCAUAUUUGUUUAUAAUCUGGCGCCGGAGACUGAGGAGAAUGUGCUCUGGCAGCUAUUCGGACCAUUCGGAGCGGUGCAAUCGGUUAAGGUCAUUAGGGACUUGCAGACGAGCAAAUGCAAGGGCUUCGGCUUUGUAACCAUGACCAACUAUGAUGAGGCUGUGGUGGCCAUACAAUCACUCAACGGCUAUACUUUGGGCAAUCGUGUGCUGCAAGUUAGCUUUAAGACAAACAAAACUAAAACUACUUAAAGCUAAAUUGACAGUCAGAGAGAGAUGGAGAAUGAGUGUGAGUGUGAGAGCGAGAGCCUCCAAAGCAAAGCGCGCACAACAAACAAACAAACAAAAAAAAAAAGAGCAAAAGAGUCAGCGAACCUAAGCGCAAGUUUGUACUUUAGACACAAACAAAAAA